GGGCAUACUCCGAGUUGGAGCGGAGACGCAGCCAUGAGGAGUCGCGCGCAGCUGGAAAAGGAACCUAAACCCGAGCUCCUCUGUCUCCUCAUGGGAUAGCUGAUGCGUGAGUGUGUGUGUGUGGACGUGUACGUGUGUGUGUGUGUAUGCGUGCGCGCCGGAGGCUGGAGGACACAGCGUGUGUGUGGAGGUGAGGAGCUGCGUCCUCAUACCUGGUCACCUGCGGUCUCCACGUUUCCCUCGCGCCCUGACAGUAUCUGAGACUGUGUUUGUUGCUUCUCGAGCAGAAACUGUUGGAUUCCUCUUCUUUUUUUUUUUUUUUUUUUUUUUUUUUUUGGGCACCUGCUGGAAAGCAGAACGAGGAUAAUGCUCGUGGACGUGCUUCCCCUCCGUGGAUCCGCGCUCCAGACGCACCGAGAUUAGAGGCGAAAGAGUCGGGUUGCGCUUGGCUGCUCCUUAUCUGCGAAAGCACGGGUCCAUGAAUCCUUGGCUGUGACCACGUUGCAUGGGGAUAACUGUUUUGAAAUAAAAGCAGAGGGGAACACGAUUGAACUGCUGUCAUGGAUUUAAAGGAUUUCUACUUAUUGGCAACCUUAGUUGCUUGCCUGUGGCUAGAUCCAGCCAUAGCCCAAGAGCUAAUUUACCCUAUCCGGGAGGAGCUGCAAGAGAACGUUCUUAUUGGAAACAUACCAAAGGACUUAAACAUCUCCCAUAUGAACGCUGCCACCGGGGCCAGCAACAAUCUGGUUUACCGGCUGGUGUCGAAAGCAGGGGACAACCCACUACUGAGAGUGAUGAGCAACACAGGAGAGAUUUUUACCACCUCGAACCGAAUCGAUAGAGAAAAACUCUGCCCGGGACCGUCGUACGAGGACAGCGAGUGCUCCUUUGAAAUCGAAGUGGUCAUACUGCCCAACGACUACUUCCGAUUGAUCAAAAUCAAGAUCAUCGUAAAGGACACCAACGAUAAUGCCCCGAUGUUCCCCUCCCCGGUGAUCAACAUUUCCAUUCCUGAAAACACACUCAUCAACAGCCGCUUUGCGAUUCCCUCCGCUACCGAUCCAGAUACAGGACCCAACAGCGUGCACAAGUAUGAGCUGGUCAACGGCCAGAGCGCCUUUGGCUUGGAUAUCGUGGAAACGCCAGAAGGAGAGAAGUGGCCACAGCUGAUCGUCCAGCAGAAUCUCGACAGGGAGCAGAAGGACACAUAUGUGAUGAAAAUCAAAGUGGAGGACGGCGGAAACCCUCAGAAAUCCAGCACUGCCAUCCUCCAGGUCACGGUAACUGACGUCAAUGACAACCGGCCGGUUUUCAAAGAGAGCCAGAUAGAAGUUCACAUUCCUGAAAGUUCUCCGGUUGGAACUUCUGUUGUGCAGCUGCAGGCUACAGAUGCAGAUGUUGGUUCCAACGCAGAAAUCAAAUACAUGUUUGGCACCCAAGUAUCUCCCGCCACAAGGAGGCUCUUUGCGCUGAAUGCCACCACUGGCCUUAUAACAGUGCAGAGGCCGCUAGAUAGGGAGGAAACAGCUAUUCAUAAACUGUCAGUUUUAGCCAGCGACGGGAGCUCCAGUCCAGCCAGAGCCACCGUGACGAUCAAUGUGACCGAUGUGAAUGAUAACGCUCCAAACAUAGACCUGAGGUACAUUAUCAGUCCUACCAAUGGUACUGUCAUGCUGUCUGAAAAAGACCCCAUUAACACCAAGAUUGCUCUUAUCACUGUCUCUGAUAAGGACACCGACGUCAAUGGGAAGGUGAUUUGCUUCAUUGAAAAAGACGUGCCCUUUCACCUCAAAGCAGUCUAUGACAACCAGUAUUUGUUAGAAACCUCAGCUUUGCUUGAUUACGAGGGCACCAAAGAGUACAUUUUUAAAAUUGUUGCUUCUGACUCUGGAAAGCCCAGUUUGAACCAGACAGCGCUGGUUAGGGUGAGACUGGAGGACGAGAACGAUAAUCCGCCCAUUUUUAGCCAGCCUGUUAUCGAACUAGCGGUCAUGGAAAAUAACCCGCGUGACUUAUUUCUCACAACCAUCACUGCCACAGACGAAGACAGUGGAAGGAAUGCUGAAAUUGUCUACCAGCUUGGUCCCAAUGCCUCUUUCUUUGACCUUGACCGCAAAACAGGGGUGCUCACUGCAUCCAGGGUCUUUGACAGAGAGGACCAAGAGCGUUUCUUAUUCACCGUCACAGCGAGGGACAACGGUACCCGUGCUUUGCAAAGCCAGGCGGCGGUUAUCGUCACUAUUUUAGAUGAAAAUGACAACAGCCCCAAAUUCACACAUAAUCACUUUCAGUUCUUUGUGUCUGAGAACCUGCCAAAGUACAGCACGGUCGGAGUGAUAACAGUCACAGAUGCAGAUGCGGGCGAAAAUGCUGUGGUUUCCCUCUCCAUACUUAAUGAUAACGAAAACUUCAUCCUUGACCCCUACACUGGCGUCAUAAAGUCCAACGUGUCCUUCGACAGAGAGCAGCAAAGCUCCUACACCUUUGACGUCAGGGCUGUGGACAGUGGUCACCCACCAUGUUCCUCGGCCGCCAAAGUGACCAUCAAUGUUAUAGAUGUCAAUGAUAACCCACCGAUCGUCAUCUUCCCUCCAUCUAACACUUCCUUCAAGUUAGUACCAUUAUCCGCGAUUCCAGGCUCAGUGGUCGCUGAGGUUUUCGCCGUGGAUGGGGAUACAGGAAUGAACGCGGAACUGAAGUAUACCAUUGUCAGUGGCAACACAAAGGGACUUUUUAGGAUUGAUCCCGUGACUGGAAACAUUACCUUAGAGGAAAAGCCUACAAUCACGGACAUUGGCCUCCACCGGCUAGUCGUCAACAUCAGUGACCUUGGUUAUCCAAAGUCCCUGCACACUCUGAUUCUUGUUUUCCUCUACGUGAACGACACUGUUGGAAAUUCGUCCCACAUCUACGACCAAAUCCGCCGGACGAUGGAGACGCCGCUGGACAGGAACAUCGACGAAAGCAGUGGCACUAAUGCAAAUGUCGAUAAUCUGAAGACCAUCAUCGCCAUCGUAACAGGUGCAAUGGUGGUCAUUGUGGUCAUUUUUAUUACCGUUCUGGUGCGAUGCCGCCAUGCUUCGCAGUUCAAAGCUGCUCAAAGGAAGAAGCAAGGUGCUGAGUGGAUGUCGCCCAACCAGGAGAACAAGCAGAACAAGAAGAAGAAGCGCAAGAAAAGGAAGUCGCCCAAAAGCUCCCUGUUGAACUUUGUCACCAUUGAGGAGAACAAACCCGACGAUCCGACGCACGAGCCCAUCAAUGGCACCAUUAGCAUCCCUGCCGAGCUGGAAGAUCCUGGUAUCGGACGCUUUGACUGGAAUGCUACGCCGACCACCACCUUCAAGCCCAGCAGCCCCGACUUGGCAAGGCACUACAAGUCCGCCUCGCCCCAGUCCGCUUUCCACCUCAAGGCCGACACUCCGGUGUCCGUGAAAAAGCAUCACGUCAUUCAGGAGCUGCCACUCGACAACACUUUCGUCGGAGGUUGCGACACGCUCUCCAAGCGCUCCUCCACCAGCUCAGACCACUUCAGUGCCUCGGAGUGCAGUUCCCAAGGAGGCUUCAAGACAAAGGGUGGGACCUUACACACCAGACAGGGAACCCUAACGCGCGCCCGAACCGAACUGAACCCCGACUAUCUGGACCUGCGCUCACGAACUGACCUCAACCCCGAAUACUGGACGCCCUGCACUCCUCUAUCUCAGCGGCGCGUCACGUUCCACCUGCCGGACGGCUCUCAGGAGAGCUGCAGCGACAGUGGUCUGGGGGAGCACGAGCCGGUGAGUGGCGGCCCCCUGCUGUCACACCCGCUUCCCCUGGUGCAGCCGCAGGACGACUUCUACGAACAAGCCUCUCCGGACAAGAGGACUGAAGCUGACGGCAACUCUGACCCCAACUCAGAUGGGCCGCUGGGCCCGCGGGGGCUGGUGGAGGCGACGGAAAUGUGCACUCAGGAGUGUUUGGUGCUGGGCCACUCGGAUAACUGCUGGAUGCCGCCCGGGCUGACGUCUUACCCGUCUCCGAAAUCACCCGUGUCGUCCUACAGCAGCCAGAAGGAGUGGACCAAAGACAAACUUCUGAACGGUCACACGCUGAGCCGCGGCUGGAAGGGCGAGCGCGGCGGGCAGGAGCCAUUCGGGGACAGAAAGGCCUACGGGAGCUCGGAGGGACAUUUCGGCCCCAACGGAAGCGGUCACAUGGCUGAUAUCCCACUGGCCAGCCUGAAAUCCUACCAGACCGCUUCUGGCCAAGAAAGCCCAAAGGAACAGCAGCUUUAAGAGCCUCUGCAGUUUGUUUUCCUCUUUAACCACCCCAGCAACUGUUCUUAUCACUAUUAUUAUUACUAUUAUUAUUAUAAUACUACACUUCUGUUCUUUUGAUUCCAUCUCUUCCCUUUUUUGUCCGUCCCUUUUAUCCUUUUAUUAUUCGUAUUAUUCUUACUGUUAUUAUUAGAAGAUCGAUGCUAUACCGCUAUGUGAUUAGUAAACAUGUACGGAAGUAGACUUCUACUAUUACUUAGACUUCUAAGCGCUUAUGCAGGACAGUAUACAGUAUACUAUGCGAAAAACAAACCCGAACCUUGCGCGGAACGUCUGAGGAAUCCCGAAUUCCGAAGAGUCCAUGCCCAUCUGGAAAUGAAAAAAAAAAUGAAAAAAAAAAGAGAAAAAACAAACAAAAAAAAGAGGAAAACGUCUGGAAUUUGUUGCAAAAUUCUGAUAGAAUACAGAAAAA